CCGGCUGAGCUACACGUGCUUUUCUUCUUUCUCGUUUUUUUUGUUGUCACCUGCCGCUAUGUUUCUUUUAAUUCAAUAUGAAGACGAACAAAAUAAGCAUGUGGUUACGCAUGACGCGAUUGUCAACUUCGAUCCAGUGGACAUCGACGAUUUUGACAAGCGUAAACUUUAUGAUGCUUAUUGGGAAGGGGACGAUUCGACGUGUCCUGGUUUCUACAAGGCUUAUAUCUUACAUAUGACAGAAACAGAAGAGGAGAUGAGCACCUUGCAGAAGAACAGGUGUAAAGCACCUCAGAAGCCACGUUCGGCAGUUGACGUCCAAGUGAGGAAGAAGGCAAAGAUUGACAAACAGGCGAGGAGUCACGCAAAAAGGUCAGCAGAAGCACACAUGCUUUGUUCUGCUGGUUUGGAGAACAGGCCCUCAAAGCAGAAUAAAGUUCAAGAACUGGAAAAGGAAGUUCAACGCUUGCAGGGAGAAGUCGCCACAUUGACUGAUCUCAACAGGAAACUACAAAAGGCACUCUGCUCAAAGAUAUUUGAAGCUGAAGCAGUGGAGAACUCGAAGAAGGGCUGUAUCAGCCCUGCACGGUUGCAACCAUACACGACAACCCCACAUCCUGUGGCACAGACAGUGUCCCCUCCAUGUGAACAAGAGUGCCGGACAGCAGUGGUACAGUCUGCCCCGAUAUCCCUCGUAGGAGCUUCAAAUGCAAUGACUGUGCCAGACGCUAGUCAUGACAGGCACAACGCGACCGCGACGCUGCCAGCCCCAGCUUCCAGUUCCAACAGCAGCCCAGCUGUGAUAACUAUGGAUGGGGUGAGCCAGAGUGUACGCAGUGCAACCGAGGUGCAACCGGCCCCAGCUCCGCAUGUUAUUAGUGUCCCCUCCGUGACAACUGGUGCGCGUGAUCAACAGACAAGCAUCCGUCCCACCAAAGGUCUUUUCGUCCCUCAGGAGCGAUUUCAGCCGACAACCACAGAGGAUGGCCAGGCUUCGUUCUUCGUGGAUUCUGUCCACCAGCUUCCCUGCAUCUACGCUAUUUUAUAAUUUAUUUAUGUAUCUCUUUUAACUCCAAAUUUUCACUGUAUCUACAGUACCUACAGCACACUUCAGUCAUGGGUAAGGUUAUCUACCGCUUGGGACAAAAGUUUGCGGAGCUUCAGGUUGACAUAUUUUUCCAUCUGUCGGACAACCACGAGGCCGAUGGCAGCUGACAACCGCGGGUGCUAAAGAAGCCCAGGCUGCCGUUUGUAAUGGAGUCUGCCUAUUUUCACUAGUAUGACGUCGGUUCAAUAAGGGUAUAUGCCAACCUGGUGUUUUGUAAACCUCUGUCCCAAGCAGCACUGCUAUUAAUUAGGGCAUUGGGAGAGCGGUUGAGUUGUGAUGGAGACUUGAACUGACAGCUCUCUAAUUUCUGGUCACGUGUGCUACCAAUUACUCAACACCAACAUGGGAAUGGCUUUGCCUGACUAUCUUAACAAGGCGUUGGCAGGUUGACGAGAGCACAAUAUGAGUAUGUUGUAAUCAGUAACACACUUGACCAGAAACUGAAUCUGUGGAUUCAAGCUCCUACUAGCACUCACUGGGUCUUUGUCAACUUUAAAUAAUAUCAUGAAUUUGCUUGGACAUUUAUGAGGCAUGUGUUUGCACUGUCUUAAUGGUUAUCUCAGCAUCUUCUAUUUGUACGCGUAUGUUACUCUUUCGCUGUUCUGGCAGCACAUGAGUCUCUUGUUUUAACUUCUUUUAUCACUUUGGUAAUACCUGUUCCUCUGA